AGUCAUUAGUCGAAGUUUGGAUGUGGAGUGAAGUCAAAAGACUCAAAACAAUCUUACCAAAAGUUACAGUUUUUUUUUUUUUUUUUUUUUUAUAGGAUUUAGAACUCUGCCUGUGAGCUUCUUUAUUCCAUUUUGGCUUGGUUUCAAGUUUCAACAUUCUUCUAAUUUUUUCAAUUCGGUACGCGAUUACACGAUAAAAAAUUUGCUCUGCAAUUCGCAAAGCCCUGAUAUUCCGAUUCCACAAAAGGUCUAAAACGAUCACAAGCCGGUUCGUCGUGACCAAGUCUGUACAAAUGCAAGCACUCCGAAAAAGACUACCGCGAAUCCUCUUUGCCACCGUCUCAUCUUCUUCAUUAUCUUCCCCGAGAACCCUUACAGUUUAUAGGCCAUCAUUGCCCUUAACGAACUCGUCCAAUGGUUCCUUGGCACGUGGCACUUUCGUCUCUCCAUGGUCGGCCAUCCAGCACCGAGGAGCUAAAGUUCUCGGUUCCGAUGUCAGACUUGGGAAUGUCAUCCAAAGAAAAGGGCGUAUUUACCAGGUCCUAAAAGCACAACACACACAGCAUGGAAGAGGAGGAGCAACCAUACAGGUGGAACUUCGUGAUGUUGACACUGGAAAUAAAAUAACUGAAAGAUUUCGUACGGAUGAGGCCAUUGAAAGAGUUUUUGUUGAAGAUAAGUCUUUCACAUUUCUGUAUGCAGAAGGUGACUCUAUAAUGAUAAUGGAGCCUAAUACAUUCGAGCAAAUGGAAAUUCACAAGGACAUGUUUGGAAAAAAUGCUGCUUAUUUGAAAGAUGAUAUGGCAGUUACCCUGCAAUUUUAUGAUGGAAAGCUGAUGUCGGCAUCAGUUCCACAUCGUGUGACAUGUACCAUUGCCGAAGCACAAGAUCCUAUGAAGGGGAUAACAGCCACACCUCAGUACAAACGGGCUUUGUUAGAUAAUGGGCUCACUGUGAUGGUACCAUCCUUCAUCAGAACAGGAGAUGAAGUAGUUAUUAAUACAACAGAUGACUCAUAUAUCACUAGGGCUAAGGAAUAGUGUGAUGUUGUGCUGCAAUGUGAUUAUGGUAUAUGGAGAAAUUGGAACCAAUUGCAACUCCUCUUCGUCACAACCUUCCAUGGAUAUCCUGAUAAAGAGCACUGGUUCAAAUCUCAAAUACGGCAACAUUAUUUAUUUAGGUACGUAAAACGUUAAACGUCCAUUGUUGCAGCUGGACUUAAUUUUUAAGGUGAAUAGAUAGGAAGAAAAAGUUGCGGCUUAACAUUGAGAUAUUCUUGGUUAUUUGUUGUCAUUAUUCAACAGACGCCCUAUUUUGGUAAAAGUUUUGUGUCUUGACGAGUAGUAAAGGAAGAUUAACAUAUUAAAAUUGCCUUUUCUUCUUCGGGGUUGUUUCCAA